AUGGAUGAAUCGUCAGCCGAUGUGCAAUUCCCGCCAUCCGAUCAACUUUCUCUGGAUCUCUUUGUGAUUGAGAAGAAGAUCGGAAAAGGACAAUUCAGUGAAGUCUUCAGGGCAAAAUAUGUUCCCAACAACACAAUGGUUGCUCUAAAGAAGAUCCAAGUCUUCGAGAUGGUCGAUCAGAAAGCGAGACAAGAUUGCAUGAAAGAAAUCGACUUGCUCAGACAACUCAAUCACGUCAAUGUCAUUAGAUAUUACGCGUCUUUCAUCGACAAAAAUCAGCUCAACAUAGUGCUCGAAUUGGCCGAAGCGGGUGAUAUGAGUAGGAUGAUUAAACACUUCAAAAAGAACGGUCGUCUGAUACCGGAAAGAACAAUAUGGAAAUACUUUGUGCAGUUGGCAAGAGCCGUUGCACACAUGCACUCGAAGAGGAUCAUGCAUCGGGAUAUCAAACCAGCGAACGUUUUCAUCACGAGUGAGGGAAUCGUAAAGCUUGGCGACCUUGGUUUGGGGAGAUUUUUCUCUUCAAAAACGACCGCUGCUCACUCGCUUGUCGGAACACCAUAUUACAUGAGUCCCGAACGAAUACAGGAAAGUGGCUACAAUUUCAAGUCGGAUCUCUGGUCACUUGGGUGUCUCUUGUAUGAAAUGGCUGCUCUACAAUCGCCAUUUUAUGGAGACAAAAUGAAUCUUUACUCUUUAUGCAAGAAAAUUGAGAACUGUGAAUACCCACCUCUACCUGCUGAUAUCUAUUCAAAUCAGUUGAGAGAGCUUGUGUCAAGAUGUAUCAUGUCGGAUCCGAAUAAGAGGCCCGAGACAAUGGAGGUCCUUGAGGUGGCCGAGAAAAUGCACGACUACUUCAAGCAACAAGCCCGCGCCCAACAACAACCACCCACACCCGAUGAG